AUGGGCAAUGCCUCAAUUAAGUGGGAGGAGGAAAGUUCAACUGAGCAAAACAAAAGUGCUAGUCUUGCUGAGCUUGGGCGUUUAACAAGCCUGACUACUUUAGAAAUUCAAAUUCCUGAGGCUUGGAUGCUGUCGAGGGACAUGAUGUUUGAAAAGUUAGAGAGAUACAAGAUUGUCAUCGGGGAUAAAUGGGAAUGGUCAAGGAACAAAAGAACCUUAAGGUUGCUAAAGCUAAAGCUUGAUACUAGCAUUCAUUCGGAGCAUGGGAUUAAAGCAUUGAUUAAACAAGUGGAAGAUUUGUACUUAGAUGAAGUCAAUGGAAUUUUAGACGUGCUUUUUGAUUUGAAUGGAGAAGGAUUUCCUCUGCUAAAGUAUCUCCAUAUCCAAAAUAAUGGCCAGCUUCAGCAUAUCAUCAACACAAUAGAGUGGAAUGAAACUCAUGUUUUGUUUCCAAAAUUGGAGACACUAAUACUUCACAAUCUCAAUAACUUAGCGAAGAUAUGUCAUGGUCCACUUCCUGUUAAUUCCUUUGGCAAACUCACAGUUAUUAAAGUCAAAAGUUGUGACCAACUGGUAUAUCUCUUUUCUGUUUCGAUGGAGAAAGCUCUUUCUCAACUUGUUGAGCUCCAAGUUUUGGAAUGCAGUUCAAUGAAGAGGAUUGUGUUAAUUGAAAAUGACGAUAGUGGAAUAAGUAGUGAUGAGAAGAUUGAGUUUCAUUCACUGCGCUCCUUGAGUCUUUGUCAUUUGCCAGUCAUCCAUGAUUUUUGCUCAAAUGAAUCGACAUCUUUUAUGACAGCCACAUUAUUAUUUAAUGGCACUAAGGUUAGUUUCUCUAGCUUGGAGACCCUGAAGUUGAGUUCAAUCAAUCUGGAAAAAAUUUGGGAUGAUCAUCACCUUUCUGCAGCCAAUUGUAUUCAGAAUUUGACUAACUUGAUUGUUGAGGAUUGCAGAGGCCUCAAGCAUUUAUUCUCAUCUUUUGUGGUUGGAAGUCUUUCAAAACUCAAACACCUUGAAAUAAGUAAAUGUGAUAUGAUGGAGGAAAUCAUUGCUCCAGAUAGCCUUGCAACACAAGAGGUCCGGUUCACAAAGUUGGAGACCAUGGUAGUUAAAGACAUGGAAAGCUUGAAGAAAGUAUGGCACCUUCAAUUUGAUAGGUUAAAGAGUCUGGAGGUAAGCAAUUGUGGGAAACUUGUGGAUAUUUUCCCAUCUGAUAUGCAGGGAACGCUUGGAAGCCUAGAGACUUUGACUGUCAGCAGUUGCGGUUCAGUGGAAGAGAUAUUCGAAUCAACCGCCAAAGGAAUCCAUAAUGAAGACGAAACAGCUACACAACAAGUCUCACAAUUGAAGAAACUCCAUCUAUUUGGCUUGCCAAAGCUGAAACACAUUUGGAGUAGAGAUGCUCAAGCAAACCUUUGUUUUCAUAAUUUGCAACUUGUGCGCGUUGAAGACUGUGAGAACUUGGAAUACCUUUUUCCAUUCUCCAUCGCAAUGCAAGCUACUCAACUAGAACAUAUUACCAUAAAAUAUUCAGGGAGGAUGAAACAUAUUGUUUCAGGCAACGAAGUGAUCCCCAUGGACAGUCCAGUCAAAUUUGAGUUUAAUCGCCUGACCUCUUUGGUGUUUUGGAGUUUAUUGGAACUUGAAGGACUUUAUGCUGGAAAACAUAGUUUACUAUGUCCAUUAUUAAGGGCAUUAGAUGUCCGCACGUGUUUGAAAUUGAAGCUCUUCAAGACACAAGGUACAAGAGCCCGAGAUAGAGUUUUUGAUGGUAAACAGCAAAUCUCAAUGCAGCAGCCUCUUUUUACACUUGAAGAGGUGAUUUGCAACUUGGAGAAGUUGGCCCUAAAUAGUGAGGAUGCAAGCAUAAUAUUACAAGGACAACUUGCAAGAAAACACUUCAGGAAGCUCAAAAUUCUUUAUUUGGCAAAUUUUGAAGAUGAUCACGCUACUUUUCCCUAUUGGUUUCUCCAAAACGUAACUACUCUCAAUGAGCUACUUGUUGAAAAGAGUUCUUUUAAGGAGAUAUUCCGAGAAGAAAUACCUAUACAGGACAAAGGAAAAUUUAAGAUCGGAACACGAAUUAAAUCAUUGACACUCAAUCGAUUGGAUGAUCUGGAGCAUAUAUGCAAAGAAGGAUUUCAAAUAGACCUAGUUCUUGAAGAGCUUGAAUACUUAGAUGUGGAUAAAUGUUCCAAAUUGAAACACUUGGUGCCUUCCUCUGUUACUUUUAGUCACUUGACAUAUUUGGCAGUGGAAAAUUGCAAUGGAUUGGUUCACUUAAUUACCUCAUCAACUGCAAGAAGUCUAGUAAAAUUAACAACAAUGAAUAUAACGAACUGCAAUUCACUUGAGCAAGUUGUGGUGGCAGAAGAGAGGGAAGGGUCUGAAAAUGAAAUUGCAUUUAACAGCUUACAAAUUUUGGAGCUUGAGUGUCUGCCAAUGAUCAAGAGUUUCUGCUCUAGUAACUCCGUGUUGAACCUUCCAUCACUAGUGAAUGUUGUUGUUAAGCAGUGCCCAAGAAUGAACAUCUUCUCUAUGAAAAGCGCAAGCACCCCGAGUCUUCGAGAAAUACAAUCAAAGGAAGAAGAUGAACAGAUGUAUUGGGAAGGUGACCUAAACAGAACAAUAAACAAGAUGUUCGUGGAUAUGGUGGCAUUCCAUAGUUAUAAGCAUUUAGAGCUAUCUCAGUAUCCUGAGUUAAGAGAAUGGUGGUACAGCCAUGGUCAACCUGGAGUGUUUGGUAAUUUGAGAAAUUUAGGAGUACAUAAAUGUGACUUUUUAUCCGAUGUGCUACUGCCUCUAAAUUCGGUGCAAGCGCUAUCCAACUUAGAGGAGCUUCAAGUAAGUGAAUGUGAUUCAUUGGAAACUGUGUUUGAUCUAACCAACAUGGAUCGAAAGAAGGUCUUUGUUAAGGAGACCAUUCAACUAAAGAGAAUAACUCUCUCUGGUCUGCCUAAGCUCAAACACAUAUGGAAACAGAACUUCCAAGAAACUGUCAGUUUUAGAGAAACAACAGAAAGUCAUGUCCAACAUCACCAUCCAGAAUGUUCCAUUCAGCAGGUACGUUUCCCCAACUUGGAAACAAUGAUAAUAAAAGGCAUGCCAAAGUUGAACACAAUAUGGCACCCCUUCUUCACCUCAAACUGCUUCGACAGCCUUAAGAUGAUGCAAGUCUCAGAGUGUGAGAAACUUGAGAAUAUAUUUCCAUCAUAUAUGCAGAGAGCAUUUGCAAGUCUGGAGACAUUGAUGGUUAGUGAUUGUAAGUCAGUACAGGUCAUAUUUGAAUUCAGCUCCCAAAUGGGCAGUGCAGAGGAGACAACACAACUACAGGAACUAACUCUGCUUCGGCUACCAAAGCUGAAACAGAUUUGGAGUAGAGAUGCUGAAGCAAACCUUCGUUUCCCCAGUUUGCAGACUGUGAUUUGCAACUUUGAGAGAUUGGCGCUAAAUAGUGAGGAUGCAAGCAUGAUAUUACAAGGGCAAUUUUCAGGGGAACACUUCAGCAAACUCAAAUUUCUCUGUUUGGCACAUUUUGUCGAUGAACAUGUUAUUUUUCCGUAUUGGUUUCUCCAAAACAUCACCACUCUCGAUGAGCUAGUUGUUGAAGGGAGUUCUUUCAAGGAGAUAUUCCAAGAAGAAAUGCCUAUAGAUCACAAAGAAAAAUUUAAAACUAGAACACGACUUAAAGGUUUGAUACUCGCUAAUUUACAUGAACUCCAGCAUAUAUGUAAAGAAGGAUUUCAAAUAGACCCAGUUCUUGAGGUACUUGAAACCUUAGAUGUGGAUCAAUGUUCCAAAUUGAAACACUUAGUGCCUUCCUCCGUAACUUUUAGUCGGUUGACAUGUUUGGAAGUGGAAAAUUGCAAUGGAUUGAUUCACUUGAUUACCUCAUCAACCGCAAGAAGUCUGGCCAAAUUAUCAACAUUGAAAAUAAAGAACUGCAAUUCACUUGAGCAAAUUGUGGCCGCAGAAGAGACGGAGGGGUUUGAAGAUGAAAUUGUAUUCACCCGCUUACAAAUUUUGGAGCUUGAGUGUCUGCCGAUGAUCAAAAGGUUUUGCUCUAGUAAUUUUGUGCUGAACCUUCCAUUGUUGGUGAAUGCUGUGGUUAAGCAAUGCCCAAGAAUGAGGAUCUUUUCUGAGAGAGACACAAGCACCCCAAUGCUUCAUGAGAUACUGUCAAAGGAAGAAGAUGAAAAGAUGUAUUGGGAAGGUGACAUAAACAGGACAAUACACAAGAUGUUUGUGGAUAUGGUUGCAUUUCGCAGUUUUAAGCAUUUAGAGCUAUAUCAAUAUCCCGAGUUAAGAGAAUCGUGGCGCAACCAUGUUCAACAAGGAGUGUUUGUUAAUUUGAGGAAUCUAGUAGUGCAGAACUGUGAUUUUUUAUCAGAUGUGCUUCUGCCUUUAAAUUUGGUGCAAGCGCUAUCCAACUUAGAGGAGCUCCAAGUAAGUGAAUCUGAGUCAUUGGAAGCUGUGUUUGAUCUAACCAAUAUGGAUGGAAAGGAAGUCUUUGUUGAGGAGACCAUUCCACUGAAGAGAAUAACUCUCUCUAGUCUACCUAAGCUCAAACACAUAUGGAAAGAGAACUUCCAAGAAGCUGUCGGUUUUAGAGAAACAACAGGAGGUCAUAUCCAGCAUCACCGUCCGGCAUGUUCCAUUCAACAGGUACGUUUCCCCAGUUUGCAGCUUGUGUGUGUUGAACACUGUGAGACCAUGGAAUACCUUUUUCCACUCUCCAUUGCAACGCAAGCUACUCGACUUGAACGUAUUACCAUAAAGUAUGCAAGGCGGAUGAAAGUAAUUACUUCAGGCAAGGAAGGCCUCAUGGACAGUCCUAUUAAAUUUGAGUUUAACCACUUGACCUCAUUGGUGCUUUGGAAUUUAUAUGAACUGGAGGGAUUUUUUGCUGGAAAUCAUGGUGUACGAUGUCCAGUAUUAAGCGAAUUAGAUGUCCGCUAUUGUGUAAAAUUGAAGCUCUUCAAGACUCGAAGUACAAGUGGCCGAGAAAGACUCCUUGAUAGUAAACUCCACAUCUCAAUGCAGCAGUCUCUUUUGACACUCGAAGAGGUGAUUUUCAACUUUGAGAGAUUAGCGCUAAAUAGCGAGGAUGCAAGCAUGAUAUUACAAGGGCAAUUUUCAGGGGAACACUUCAGCAAACUCAAAUUUCUCUGUUUGGCACAUUUUGUCGAUGACCAUGUUAUUUUUCCGUAUUGGUUUCUCCAAAACAUCACCACUCUCGAUGAGCUAGUUGUUGAAUGGAGUUCUUUCAAGGAGAUAUUCCAAGAAGAAAUGCCUAUAGAUCACAAAGAAAAAUUUAAAACUGGAACACGACUUAAAGGUUUGAUACUCGCUAAUUUACAUGAACUCCAGCAUAUGUGUAAAGAAGGAUUUCAAAUAGACCCAGUUCUUGAGGUACUUGAAACCUUAUGUGUAAAUCAAUGUUCCAAAUUGACGCACUUAGUGCCUUCCUCCGUAACUUUUAGUCAGUUGACAUGUUUGGAAGUGAAAAAUUGCAAUGGAUUGAUUCACUUGAUUACCUCAUCAACCGCAAGAAGUCUGGCCAAAUUAUCAACAUUGAAAAUAAAGAACUGCAAUUCACUUGAGCAAAUUGUGGCUGCAGAAGAGAAGGAGGGGUCUGAAGAUGAAAUUGCAUUCAGCCGCUUACAAAUUUUGGAGCUUGAGUGUCUGCCAAUGAUCAAAAGGUUUUGCUUCUCCAAUUACUUCUUAAAAUUUCCGUUGUUAAAAGAAGUGGUCAUUGAGCAAUGCCCAAGAAUGAACACCUUCUCAGCUGGGAGAGACACAAGCACACCAAAGCUUCGAAAUAUAUCAUCAAAAGAAGAAGAUGGAAACGUGUAUUGGGAAGGUGAUCUGAAUAAGACAAUAAACAAGAUGUUUACGGACAAGGUAUGUUUUGAUUUCACCGGAAAAUCAUUCUUUAUUCCCCUGAUAUACGAUGAGAAAAUGGUAUGA